UGUAGACUAUCUUUCUAUGAGACUGACGACUUUCCUUUCACGUUUUAUUUCUUACUUUUGAAUGCCACUUUGCUUUUUUAAUGCUACGGCUCCAGGCGAAAGUGAAAGAAUUCUCCCAUCCCUUUACGUAAGAGGCUUUUUAAACAACGCCCUUAAAUGUAGGCUAUGGUGACAUUAUCUCUCAGCUGCAGAGUCGAACGCACUGCUGCAAUUCGCACAACGAAAACAGAAAGCCCCUCUCAAAAAUGGGGAAAACCUAUCAGGUCGUGGUCAAAGGUCCAAGGGGGGAGAGUCUGAUCAUCGACCUGUGCAACACCGAGGAGCAGAUGAACAGCAUGACGGUCCAGCAGCUGAAGGAAAAGAUACAACAGAAGCUUCCAGACGCCGCAGGAGGGGCUGCUGUGAGGCUGAUAUUCACAGACAAGGUGCUGGAAGAAGACUCCAAGCCUCUGUCAAAUUAUGGAGUCCAGCACAUGUCCCUCAUCAUGAUGGUGUUGAAGGUUCCUGGAGGAUUGUCUGCUUGAUAGAGUCCUCCUCCUCCUGCUGCUCCUACUGCCUCUGAUACUGAUCCUGCUUGGCCCAUGAAGCCUCUUGAAACUCUGUUUUUAUUGUUGCAAAAGAUAAAGACACUUUUAGUGUAAUGUAUUGUUAUUGAUUCUGUGUGCAGAUAUAAGGAGACUAUCAUCAGGGCGGUUGUCAGCUGGAUUAGAAUGUUGCAACACAAUCUAGACAGUAAAUAGAUCGCUAACAAAUACAGGGUGAAUAUGGGUCAAGUGGGACAGUUAAGACUAAUCAUGUUUAUCGUUACAUGUAAAGACUUCCACAACUAAAAAAAUCAACACUGAGCUAAUCAUAGAUGUAGAUCAUAGAUAAUGUUUCUGUGGGUGUGACAUCACUUUCUGGGGCGGGGCACACCAUAUUCAACAAGCUUGCAGUGAACCAGCGAUGGAAAGCACAAUGACAUUUUGAGAUGGAUGAUGUAAAGGUCUUAAAAAUAAAAACAAUAAUGGAUA